AUGGCAGCUGGUGAGAUGGCAAUAGGAGUGGUCUCUUUAUCACAAGUGGUGUUUGGAGUACUGGGAAACACCUUCUUAGCCUACCAUUAUCUGUUUCUUUACAUCAUGGGGUACAGGUUAAGGUUCACAGACUGGAUUUUACAACAUUUGGUUGUUGCCAACUUCUUAACCCUCAUAUAUAAAGGAGUCCCUGAGACAAUGGCAGCUUUUGGUUUGAAAGACUUCCUUGAUGAUUUUGGGUGCAAACUUCUUUUCUAUCUUCACAGAGUAGGGAGGGGUGUGUCCAUCAGCAGUAUCACCUUCCUGGGCAUGUUUCAGGCCAUCACCAUCAGCCCUAAGUGUCUCAAAUGGACAAAGGUUAAAGUCAAGUCUCCAAGUUGCAUUGCUUUUUGUGUGUACCUGAGCUGGAUCCUGUCCUUCAUAGCAAACAUUGGUAUUCCUAUGAACAUGACUGCAAGAUGGAGUCAAAGAAACAGGACAAAUCUAAAAGAGUAUGGAUAUUGCUCUGCUGUUUAUGUUGACAAAACUUGGAGCAUUCUCUAUGCAGCAUUACUCUCAAGUCCUGAUGUCUUGUUCAUGGGCCUGAUGUUGUGGUCCAGCGGUUGCAUUGUUUACAUCCUCUACAAACACAAGCAGAGAAUGAGGCACAUUCAUAAGAGCAACAUGUUCCUCGGGUCCUCUCCGGAGACUAGAGCCACAAGGACCAUUCUGCUCUUGAUGAGCACCUUUGUCUGCUUUUAUGCACUUUCUUCCUUCUUGCAUGCCUGUUUGGCUCUUAUGGAUGAUCCAGGCUGGCUCCUGGUGAGUGUGGCUACAGUUGUCUCCGGGUGCUUCCCGACUAUGAGUCCUUUUCUGCUGAUGAUCCCUGACUCCUAUGAAAACGCUUUCUGCUUGGCUUGUGCAAGGAAUAGAAAAAAUACCCAUAUAGGCAACAAGUAA